AUGACAAAGGGGUGUGACGGGAAAUUCGGCAGAGAUUGCAGCUAUUCCUGCAGUGACAGGAAGUGUAGAGACCCUUCAGCGUCAUGUCAUCAUGUAACUGGAUCGUGCAAUGGGCCGUGUGUUGCUGGUUGGCAAGGAAUAGCCUGCAAUGUGAGUGAGACCGAGUCUACAGAAACCAGUCAAAAGGACGGUGGGUCCACGAAUGUUGCAAUGGCUGCUAUAAUAGGAAUACUUUCCAUAAUACUGAUUGCAGUUUCUGGUAUCUUCUUCUGGUACGUCAGACGGCACAGGAUGACAUCAGAAUCUACAACUAACGAAACGACAACUGUAGAAAACAAAGAUGGCGGACACUAUGAAAACGUGGGCAGUCAUACCGGACGAGAACGAGACACCGCGAGAGCUGACGUUUCUCGUGAGAGCGGCUACGUGAAUUCACAAAGGUCACGUGGUACAGAUGAUGUUCCACAGCGCCCCAUAGGUGAUAGUCAUGAAAGUGGUAACAUUAACGAAGGACAAGAUAUUCAACUAAACGAAUAUGAACAUCUUGAUUCAUCAAAAUCACCGCAGAAUGUCUACGAUAAAAUAAUAAGUUAAAGACAUCCGCUUCAGUUCUGGCAACCGCCACACUGACGACUGAAUGAUAACUAUAAC